GUUCCUUCAACACUUUCCAGCUCAGUCCGUCCAGAGCAGCGGCGGGGGAUGAGCGCUGGGGACUAGGCGGCAACGCAACGACGCAUUUCACAGUGAUGGCCUCAGCUGCGCAGCUGUGCCGGUGAUCCUGCCGCUGCACGUCGGGAAGAAGCAGAGACGCUGUGACAACCGACCUACCUUCCUCCCUCGCUCAACAACAACAAGAAAAAAAAAAAAAAAAAAAAAAAAAAAAAGCAGAGAAGGGGAAAAAAAAGAAAACACACCAGCAUAAACAAAUGCGACCAUGUACAGCGUGGAGGACCUCCUCAUCUCUCAUGGAUACAAGCUGCCCAAGCAUACCAACACCCCCUCGUCAACCCCUACCCCAGCCCCCGCUUCCUCGUCCCGCCAGGCUCCCUCGUCCCCUCCGCCGUCCUACAGCAAACACCAUGAAAUCCUGGAGAACAUGCCUGGCCCUAGGACAGUGAACGGAUAUGAGAGAGGUCCCGGGGUGCCCUAUGGGAAUGGUGGGGGACCCAGGCAGCCCCAAGGAUACGUCGGGGGCUGUCCCAACAACAACAACGAACCCAGGGAGAGGAGCCAGUCCAGACGGGAGGGUCAAAUUGACACCCAUUCAUUAGGAGAGUCUCUGACAUCAGACAGCGGGUUCUGUGAUGGAACAAGAGGUCCUCAACCACAGUCCAAGGAUGUGGCAUACUGGAGGAGGAGAGGCCAGGACUUCACUGUGUUGCUGGACUAUGCAGACUUAAGAGAUCCCCAUGGAGGAGGCCCAGGGUGUUACAGCAGGCCAGAGGGUUCUCAACAAGCGAGAGGCCAGGAGUUGUCUGCAGAGGAUCGUCAGAGGCUAGCCCAAGAGAGGCAGCGCUGGGCAGCCCAGGCUCAGGCUCAUGUGCAAGCUCAGGCCCAGGUUCAAGCUCAGGCCCAGGCUCAGGCUCGUUUGAGACAGAGGGAUGCCGCUCUCCAUCAGUGGAGGAUGGUAACUGAGAGGAAGUGCCAGAGCCUGGGGACAGAAGAGUGGCGUCCAGCCGUGAGCUUUGCCCGCCAGCUGUCACAGAGUGAGGGCGAGCGCUGGGCACUUGAGCAGCAGAGGCUUCAUGCCAGGACACCUGAGGGCAUGGUUGUACACCCCAGGACCAAAGCUAAAUCUCAGUCCCUGCCCAGGAUGGUGCAGCCUGAGAGCCUGCAAUAUGUGGACAUUGCCUCAUCAGGUCAGGAGCUGUACAGGAGGGUCAAUGGCCACCCAUUGUCACAACAUGAUCUUUAUAGGGCACCCCGCUGGCCAGAAAAUGGCAGGCCAGCUAGCGCCAACCAACUUUCAAUGACACCAAAGCCCCGCUUCACCCGACCCCCCAGACCUCCUUCCUAUGAGAUGCACCAGCAGAUCAGGGGAAGCUGUGAGGUGUUGUCUGGGAGAGACUCUGUGAUUUCCCAGGCAAGGGACAGAACACCACUUCCCAUAUCAAGGUCAGAUGACCCCCAACUGGACUAUUAUGCACAAGACUCUGGACCUCCAGGAUACAUCCCCCCUCCAUCAUAUAAAAGAGUUCCUAUAAUGGCAGGGGGCCGUCGGGGAUAUGGGGAAAUAACUGUUGACUACAGGUACAGAGGGGAUGUGUACCAGCAGAUACAUGUGGCUCCAGAUGGAUCUCACUGGUUUACCAGACAUCCAGCUGGUUCCUGGCCUGAUCCUCACAGUGGAAGGAUCAUGGCUGGUCAAAAGCAGCUGUACCCUGUGUAUACUACCCAGGAGCACCCUGGUGGAGGGAUCCAAUAUAUCCCCUUUGAUGACCCCCGCAUCCGCCAUAUUUCUUCAGCCCUGGGUGGCAACUCCCUGACAGACGCUGACAAGAUCCGCCACAUCCGCAACGAGCUUCCCAGUGUCACCGUGUCGGAGCCUGCAUCCGACGACAGUGCCUUUUUGCCCCCGCCAUUGGGGCCUUUCAUCUCUGCCAAACUGGCUGAUGAUGCUAACAAGACGUCCUCUAGCGACUUCGACAAUGACAAUAACAGGUGGCACAGUGAUUUGCACAAAGAGACUGUAGAUAACUUCCCAGCAACUGACCAAAACUGCAACAACAGAUAUCCCAAAAACCAACGUCCUCCUCCAUCUCCAUCAUCGGCCUUCCAGGCCCCAUUAACAAGGAGCGCUUCUCACCUGGGAUCGAGUUCUGAAACCAUCACCCAAGUGAAGAAAAUUGCCCCAGAUUCAGUGCCAGAAAUCAACAGGAACACCAAGAGAAGAGUGAGUGAGACCAUCUUCUGUCUUGUGUCUGUCCCUGUUCACACACCGACCAUUAUUCACAAAGACUCUGCCUCAGAUCAGAACAACAAUGAGACAGUAUCAAACCUGACUGUCACCAACACAAACACUUUUGCUGUAGGCCUCAGAGAGAGCCCGAAUGUUCGGAGCAGGUCGGUAAAUGAAAUGCCCAUCAAACCCCACUACUCUCACUUUCACACCAGCAGCACAUCCUCAAUGAGGAAUUACAAGAGGGCUCCUCUGAGGAAGGAGAUAAUAGAUGCCUGGGCACUUCAAGCUAGGGAAGACAAGGAGUUGUGCUAUUCUGGGUCCUGGCCUGGAAACCAGUACCGUAAUCAGGAAACCCAGACUGGCUCACCUUUGUCAGUGGUGAAAAGUCCAGAACCCCAGAGUCCACUUUGCGAACAAGACCAUGUUCAGUCUGUUUCAGACCCCACAAUGGAGAGUUGUGUUGGGACUGACAGUAGCUCCUCUUAUGGCUUUCCUAUGGCAGGCCAGAAAAACCUUCACCUCUCUAACAACAGCGCCUUUUCUCGACUCAGCCCAACACAAUCAUCAUCACAUCAAACCUCACCACAAGAAGCAUCCCCCCCAUCAAUGGCGCAUGAUCUGAGUGAUCAGCAGCCAUCAUCUCCCAGGAAAAGCACCUCCAGUCCAGAGAGUUUAGAGCAAGUGGCUUUUGGUCAGUUUCUCUUAAAGCCAGUGAGCCGACGACCCUGUGAUGCCAUCGAUGAACUGGAAAGCAUAAAUAAGGUGAUGGAAGACACGAUUAGCAAGAGACCCAAUGGGGGUCAAUGCAUUGGUGAGAAACGAGACCGGUGUAAAGGUCUUUUCACUGCUGGUCCAGAACCAGGAAGGGAAGCAAUCAGCCUUCCUCCAAUGCACACAGAAAUACCCCAUAGUAUCAAAGUUAGAUCAAAGUCCUUGGCUUCCACUGCUGACCUAGACUCCAUGGACAUGAAGAGUUCUUUCUCCAGGCCACUGGCCAACAACAUACAACCAACAAAUGUGCUAUCAAUACUCCCAAACCCAGGCCUCAAAGACAGUGCCCUCCUGCCUUCACCAAGCCCACACAAUGAGUCAAACCGUCUCUAUAGACAGGACAUCCCGGUUCCUCAAGAGUCCUUGCUGAGGGAUGUGGGGUUAACUGUCUACACAGAGACUCCUGGUGGUCCAGGGGAGCCAAUAAAGCGUUCACUGUCAGUCCCUUCUCCGCUUAAUCAUAAGGAGCUGAGUCAGUCAGUGCAGUUCUCGUGGGACAACAGGGUGGCACUCGUUAAAAAUAGCAGUAGCCCUGAGCACAAUUCAAAUGAGGAGCUGCAGUUUGAGGUUGAGACUGAGACAGAGGGAAAACCUAAACCAGACACUGUUUCCCCAUUCAGGGGAGAGGUGAAUUUGAGUAUCUGUAGGACCAGAAGUGAAAGCAGCAGGUCACCUAAGAAAGAGGGUUCACCACAUUUCAGCAGACUGACCAGGGAGGUUACUUUUAUGCUUGAGAAUGACGAUGAAAGAUACUCUAUCACUGAACCUAUGAGGUAUAAGAAUGAAUCGACCAUAGCAGACAAGCACCUGGAAAACUUAUUGAUUAAAGAGAAAGCCAAUUCUUUGCCUGCAGAGGACCUUAGUAACCUGUACGAAGUCAAAAGUGCAAAAGGUAUCCCUGAAAAUGAGUCCAUUGAGGAGAGGGCCGCUCGAAUCCUUGGCAUAGCUGUUCCAGUUGAGGCUUUGGGUGUGGCUGACAUGGAGUCCGAGGACAACCAGGAUAAUAAGGACACUACUGAAGACAGGAGACUACAAAGCCAAGGUGAAGAGACACAGCAGGUGAUAGAAGAGUGUGUGCAAGUGAAAGAGGAGUUCCCUAUUGACCAGGGAGCAGAGACGGAUGAGGUUAAGGAGAUUGAAUCAGAUGUGAACCAUGAAGGAGACAGACAAAAGCACAGCAGCAACCACAGUGAUGGUGCAGACAAUGAGGAUCCUGAAGGCCAGUCCCUGGUGGUACUGGACCUGCCUGAGUUCCCUCCCACUAAGCUUCACUUGUCCCUGCCUGUUUCCACCACUGAGAAGUUAACACUCAGCAUGUGUAAUGUGGAGAAAAAGGGGCGAUGCGGAAACAGCAAACUGAUCGAAUCCCUGCAAGACAAGCUAAACUCUGCUGCCUCUUCAGCUACUACAUCUCAGGGCAGGUCAACGCCAGAACGAAUGGCUCGUCUAAAAGAGCUGGACUCAGUGUCUCGAAUACGACGCCUGAGUCUCAAAGGUUCAGAGUCUGACGAGAGGGAAUGUGACAGAGAGGAAGGUGAAGCUCAAGAAAAGAUAAGGGAGGAGGACGUGAAGCUACGAGAAGAGGAAAGAAGACAGAAACUGGAGGAAGAAAAAGUACAAAAAACACCACUGUACAAGUCAGGGGAUCAUGAAGACGAUUGUAAACCUAAAGAAGCCAAUGAUGACAUGUAUGAGGAACCACAAAGAGAAGGAGAGACAGAGGAGUUGAAUGUUGAGAUUGCACUAAGAGAAGACAAUGAAACGAGUAAAGAAGGCAAUAUUGAAUUGGCUGCAGGAAAUGAAGGAAUAAAAGAAGCAGAUGUUGAUUUUAAAUCAGAAAAUGAAGAAAUAAAGAAGCAGAUGUUGAACUGAAAGCAGAAAAUGAAGAGGAUAAAGAAGCAGACGUUGAAUUGAAAGCAGAGAAUGAAGAGGAUAAAGAAAUCGAUAUUGAAACUAAAGGGAGCAAAGAACAGGAGAAUGAAUUCAAGGCAGAAGAACCAGAAGACAAGGUGGAGCUGAAGAUUGUGGAGGAUGACAAAGAAAAGCCUUUGGAGAAGGUGGCAGAGGGACAGAAUGCAGCCGUGGUCAGUAGAGCCAACACAACACAAGGUGCCAGGGGGAAAAAGUUGCCCAAGCCGAAGCAGCGCACCAGGCUCCAGAAGCCCCCUUUGCUUCCAAAACCUCGCAGUGUUCCCAAGAGAGAAAUAACACUGCCACUCAGCUUCAGCACUGGGACCUGCGGCCCCUCCAACACGGAGGAUGAGGAUAUGCUCUCUGUCUCAGACUCCUACGACCCCAGUCGAGUGGAAAGAGUGUGACCUCUGACUCUGCCUUCACCACUGUGGAAAUCAGUCUUUCUCAAGUUAACAGCUUUUCCAACAACAAAGGCUUUCAUCUCACCUCAUGGCUUAGUCAGCUGUGACCUUCCAAUAUUGUUACACAUUUAUUUCUUACAGAACUGACUGUCCUGGUGCUGCGAGAGCAUUGUUAUAGCCAAAUAAAGGUGCCCCUCCUGGUGCCUAUUCUCCAGGCCUUUUCAACCAUGACCACCCCUUGUCCUUUCAUUUUCUCCCUCUCCCAAGUUUUAUUUUUGCUCAACAAAUGGACAUCCUCCCGUGAAGUUGUCUUAUUUCUCUUUUGGAAAAAUGCAUGUCAUUCUUCCUGUCUGCACUCGAGGGCUCCUUCUCGAGUUGAACUAUGAAUGUAAAAGUGCUUCUGCUUCACAAACUUAAGUAAUGUAACACACAAGAAAAUAAGGCGACAGUAUUGCAUUACAAUCAGUAUUAACCUACACCAAAUGUAAAUAAGAAAGAGUUAUAAGAUUUUAUGAAGAGUAUAAAAAAAUCAAUUUAAGACAUUUAAUUGCUGACAAAUGUAUAUUUUCAUAUCUGUUAAGGAAAAACUAGAUUUUUUGGAAGUGUAGUCUUUGGGUGUAUUACUAAUAAUGAAACCCUGUGCUCUUUAUUCUUAUACUCGUGUGAUAGAGAAUGUACUCGGAGAGCCUGGAUGCAAUGAGAAACACUGUGGAUUCGUGAAUAGUUUCACUUAAGAGCAAUAUAGUCGUCGUAUGUGGGAUGUUUGUGACAUGAAUCGAGUAGUAAGUCUCCAUUUCACGGAGCUCAUCGCAUUUAAACGUCUGCUUUAAAGCUCUACCUUUUGGUACAAGUGUUGGAUUUGCACUGCUGAGAUUAUUGGCUUUAUGUUACCGGGUGAGCACCCUAAUAAUCUCUUCAAAUAGUCGGAGAUAAUACUCGGAGGAUUGGUGUUCACACCCUCCCCCGUUCUCCGCUGCCGUCACUCUCAGCAUCAGCAAUCCCAACAUGUAUCAGAGACGUCUGAUGUGUUGCUUUUCGUUCGUCCUCAUACUGUGGAAGUAGAAAAUCUAUACUUUGUGGCAUUACCAGACGUCUAUAUUUAACCAGGAGGUUCGUGUUUUUUCUUCUUCAGUCACACAUCUCAGUUUAGGUGUGAUUUCUGAAGUGCUUUUAGCAGGAAAUGAUAGAUGUAGCUAUAUUGAUCGCAGUGUGCCUUGUACACACUGUUUCUGUGGAGAACUUCACACUCACUACUUUUCUUUUGCAAAUCCUAGUUUCAACUGGACGUCAGUAUUUCAUCUCCAGAGAAAACAGAAACAUUUGAGGUCGUUCCGGCAAUAAUACUAAUAAUAAUAAUAUUGUAGUUUAGCUGAAGACGUUAAGUGUUGAUACUGUAAAGAACGUUUGUGUGACGAUGCUAAUCUUAGUGUCUGAACAUGUUCAGUAGUGUGAUGUACACAUAUCAGUGCUUUAUAGGUUGUGGGCAUAACUGGCAAUUGGUUUACACUCACUUCACUUAUGGGGUAGCAAUACAAGUAUUAAAAAAAACAAAAAAAACAUACCAAACCAAACUUUGUGCUAUGCAUUUGGACAUCUACAUUUACUGGGGUUUAACACCAAAUUCAAAGCUAGAACUGCAACUUCUGUACGCCCGUUAGUCACUCUUUAAAAGCGGCUGUAUUUGACGUGGAACCUGUUGGAUCUGGUGUUGGACUUGCAUGGAAGUGUGUCUCUGACUGGAGUUCAAAUAAACAAGGUUUUGUCUUUGUCUGUUCCCAGCCCAGUACGCGUACCUCUGUGUUCCAGGUAAUUAUGGUGUUAUCUGGUCAUUAUCGUCGGUCUUUUUGUACUGCAAGUUCUUUGUAACAUGAUAUAGACUAUUGGUGCACAUGUUGCUUUGAUAUUUUCUAUUUUCAUACAGAAGUAUGUACAGCUUCUUUUGUAUGCGCGGCAUCUUUUUUUUUUUUUCUUCUUUUUUUUGUGUGCAUGAAAUGCGUAAGAAGUCACAGCGAGAAGGUGUAAUUUGCAUAUAAUUGCAUUUGGUACUAUAUAGUCUAUCCAAUAAACAACUGUUAUAUUUCAUAUAAUGUAUAUUUUAUUUUCAAAAAGUUAUGCUACAUAUUUAAAAAAAAAAAGGGUAUUUUUAGAUUCUUGUGAAAAGGGAAGCGUUUGUGAAGGCACAAUAUUUGUCUAUAUUUGAUCGUUGAGAAUGAUCAGACAUGGAGACAAAUGUGUGCUAAUGUACAGUACUGCAGAGUAUUCAUAAAUAAAAGUCUUUGCAUGAAA